AAGGGAAUUUUGAUUCACUCUCCCCUCAUAAACCUCGUUUAUCCACCUCUCGAUAUACUCACUACACUGCCCCGUUGGCUCCUUAGCCCGUUGUAUCUCUAUGUGCCUGUCUGCGCCGUCCACGCUUUUGUCGUCCGCUCCUGUCCGCUCCGCCGCUGGCUACCCUAGCGAUUCCCCCACUUUCUCCGAUUCCUCCUCGACUGUGUCUCCAUAUCGUUUCGCUCUGGCUGGCACCCAGGCCGUGUCAUCCACUCGUUCGCCUGAUUUCACUGCUGGCGAGGUGAUUUGGCUAAGGGUCCAGGGUCCGUCCUGAAUAAGGGCGGACGGUAAUUUGGUGCUAGUUUCCAGGGCUCCUGCGAAACACUCCUCAGAGGUUUUCCAAGCCCGUUUGUCUCGGAAUUCUCGGUCUACCAUUGGCGUGACU